CCAAAUAAAGUGAAAAAACGAAAGGAAAAGAAACUGAUGUUCCCAAAGGCCGCUUUGAGCGAUACAGGCAUCCCAAGAGUAAAUGUUGCAGCUGGUGCAUCAGGCGAUGAGCAACCAGAGGUUGAUGUAAGCGAUGAGGAAUUUCUGCAAUUUGACGCAUCUAAGGUCCCUGUCAUAGUUACAUUAACAAAGGUACGUAAGCACUAUAUUGUGGAUGCCACUUCAGAAGAGGAAUCACAAAUGAACUCGGCUGUUUCGAUUUCCGUCAAUAGGCAAGUGCACAUCUGCAGGUUGACCAAACGGGGUGGUGCGGGCCUAGAUCCAAGCAUCAUUCUCGACAUGGUAUCUGUGGCAAAAACAAUAAGUGAGCAGCUGAUAAACACGACAAUCUUGUCAUAUAUCUAAGUAGGUGGUUCGAGCAGGUCCUAGUCAUAUGAAAAUUGUAAUUCCGAUACCUACACAGCUGUUGAAAACUUUUGAUUGGUAGUACGCAUAUUUGGCACCGUUUAACCAAGAUUAGUAUCAUUAAGCUGUUAAAGAGUUAUUAUUUUGAUCUUAGGUGCAUUUCAAUAUUA